GAUAAACUUAUUAAAUAGAUUUAUAAUUCGCUGUUGUCAAAAAAAAAUUUUUGUAGUUGUCGAAAUGAACGAAAAUUUUUUCCUCAAACGAACGGCGUGUUUAGUGGAGAAGUUAGACUGCGAAAAUGGACUGGAUUCGAAUGUUAAACAGUUUUGCGAAAGCGUAGCCCAGAAGGUCAAUCAAAAGAAUAAAUGGUCCUUGAGUAGCGCGGAAAAUUCAGAGAGCAUUAAAAUACCUCAAGACGAUUUGGAUGCAUUGCUUGCUGACCUUGCAGAGCUGUUAAAUGAUGAUACUUUUGACGUUCACGAAUCCCUUGGCUGUCAAAAGAAAGACAUCUCCAAACCGAACCUGCCUUCAAAGGAUAUCGGACGUUCUGGUGCAGCCAAGAGGAAGCCUCGAAGGCAUCAAGCGUGGAUGGAAAGAGAUGACGAGGAGAGGCAAAAUUUUCUUUCAGAAAAACAUCAAUGGAGUCCAUUGAAAGUAACUACAGAUCCAAGUGAAUGGUUUCAGCCAAAAGAGGGUUACACAUCGCUCAAAAAUGCGUAUCCGAACUUGUUCGAGGGAGAAGAGGAUAAAGAAGAUAAACUACCCAGACGCAAAGGAAGGAAAUCGCGAACUGGCAGACCCAGGAAAUGUAAUCAAAUUCCACGGAAGCAAGCCCCACUUGCAGACCCAUUGUUAGAACCAACUGCAUCUGAUAAUGGGAAAGCCAGUGGAAACCAGUCGGUGCUUCACCUAAAUGCGUCUAAAUUGAAUUUUCCAAGUCGAGAGAAAUCGGUACAGGCGGCAAUACACACACUACAGAAUACAGGGUAUGGUUUAACAGGGGUUGAUGAACAGUUUAUAUCGCCUGACGAGACACUGACAGUUGACAUCGAACAGAAACGUGUGUUGUAUGCUUUAGUCUCAUUUAAAAUACAUCCGAAAAGAAAAAUUCAAGUUGUGAGGCCCCCAAAUGAUGAUUCAGAUGGCUACUUUUAUCAGCCAAUUUUGCCGAAAAAUCUAGAACACAUUUGGCUUGAGCUGCUAGGGGUUCAGCUCAUACCGAGCACAAAAGUACACGCGGUACCAAGAGAGAAAAACGUGCGAAGUGUUGCGAUAGGAACUGAUAAAACGAACGUUAUUGGCCCAAAUUCAAAACUCAAUUCAAUCACAAAGAAGUUCGUUCCUGUUUUGAGAAAGAGUCAAAGCAUCCAUCAAAUCGAAAGAAAAUUUGAAGCCAAUUGA